CCUGCAGGCCCGCGUCCUCCCCGUUCGGAGUCCGGGGUCCCUGUGGACGCUGAAGUCCUCACGCCCGCCCGGCUCCCGCCCCGGAUCCGGGUCCGUUUCCUGUUAAAGCAGCUCAGUGGUCCGCCCGGCCUCCCCCUCUCCGGCCGGUGACCCACCUGCCCCCUUUCCUGGGGAGCCCUUCCCCGACCCCUCCCCGGAGAGGCCCCGCGGGGUGGUCGCCUGCGCCCCCAGCCCGGUCCCCUGGGCUCUCAGGGCGGCGCCGGCCGCGCCCCAUGCCGCGAAUCAGGUAUUUUGUUGGUCAGUUUCAGGCAAUCUGUUUCUUCCUUUCGUUCUUGAAGUUUAUCAUUUCUUUAAAGUUUUAUUGAUAUUUAUUUAAUUUUUAAUACGAAAUUUGGGUUUCCUUUUUCCCUCUUUUGGUUUACAGAUAUGAACAGUCUUGUUAAUUUCUUUUCAACCUCCCCUUCCUUUUUGUUUUGAAGGUCCCUGGGUUGCCCAGAAGGUUUUUGCUGGUGUACUAACCUAAAAAAAGUGUUGGCUGUCUGAAUCCGGCAAGUGAUACUGCGGGAGACGCCUGUGCUUUUGUAAAGAUUGCAGCCAAGAAAUUCUGUGCAGUGUAUCUGCUCUGUAACGCGUGGGGUCGCCGUGAGUGGGAAUCCACUCCAGGGCAGUGGGGUUUUUUCUUUCUUUAAUGUUAUGUUUAACCUUUCAUUUAGCAGCCCUGCAUUUAACCAUUGUGCCAUCCGGGCUCCUUAUUCACUAAUUUAGAUAUACUAAAUUCUCAAUAUGCUUACAUUUUAUUAUUGCAUUAUAGACAUGGUGAGUUCACUGGGAAUUGUUUUUAAUUUUUCCGUUCAGAUUGAAUGAUUAAUCAAUUUUUCUUAUUUUCUUUGUUUCUAUUAUGUUUCCAGCAUACAUUUUUAUGUGCUAAUAUGGACAUGAAUAUGCAGUGUUCAUGUUUAAUUUUCCCAUUUGUUAAUUGCUACCAAGCUGAUUCUGUCGUAUGACAACCCCAUGUGUUACAGAGGAGAACUCUUUCAUAGGGUUUUAUUGGCUAUAUUCUUAAAAUAGAAAAUGAAGGCAUUAUUUGUUUACUGUGGGGUCUUAUUGCAGCAGGGAUGUGCUAGUAGACAGUCAUGUUGAUUUCUUUUGUAAUCCACACAGAUGUCCCAAGAGCAAUCUUCUUUUUUUUUUUUUUGGUUAAUUAAAUUAAGUACUGCUGGAGUUAGAGCACUACCAUAGUUAGCCAAAUUUAAGGUUAAGGGCACUGUCCUCCAGACUGCCAAAUCUGUGUGAGACAUCUGACACCAACUGCAAGUUAGGGAGUUCGCCAAAACCACCCUCAGAUUCCAUUUAGAAAGACUCUCAGAAUUCGUUGGACGCUAUUAUAGUCUGGAUCACAUUUUUACAGGGAAAACAUAGAAAUGAGAACCAGCCGAAGGAAAGACACAUAGGGCAGAGUAUAGAAGAGUUCCAAAUGUCAAGCUUCCACGUCCUCAGGAUGUGAUCGGCAGCAUUGAUGGUGACAAUACCCAUGGGUUAUUGCCAACCCUAGCUGCUAACAUGAGCUUCAGUGUCCAGAAUUUUUUUUUGAGUCUUCAUCACAUAGGCAUGACUGAUUGAAUUACUGCUUAUGGGGCUGAAUUCCAGCCCUCCACUUGCCUCCCAAUCCUCCAAGUCAGCCUGGUAUCUUGGGGCCCAAAGCCCUGUCAUAAGAAACCGAAACUCCAUUUUGUAAAUGCCUCGGCAUCCCUUUUCUUCCGGCGUGUGCUUAAAUAUUACUUAUUUCAAAAGAGCAGGUCUGCUCACCUUCCUAAUCAACUCACCCUCAUACCACCAUGCAGAAUCCCAGUUAACCAUCCAGAGGAAUUUCUUCCCCUCACUGGCUCUCCCUUUCCCCGCCCACAGGUCACAUCUGGGAACCCAGAUGAGAAACCCAUGCCCUCUGCCAAAUUCGCAUCCCUCAGACCCCCCAGUUUUCUGCCACUUGUUUUAAAUUAGUUAGUAGUCCCUAAGCUCAUGAAAUAAAGUGUACUACCCUCCUUGGACCCCAUUAAAGGCCAAGCCCAGGUCUGUCUGCACUCUCUUUGAUUCUCCCCUUAUUUGGCUCUCAUGUGAGCUCUGUGUGGCCCUCAAGUGUGCGCUCCUCCAGGCCCUGUGAAUAAUAAACAAUCAUUUCUUCGUCUUGGUUGUUGAAUGUUAAAGUGCAGCUUUGUAACCAAAGAAACUCCACCCAAUUUCCACACAGGUGGUCUCACCAGCUGACCUCCUCUGAGUGGCUAUGUGUUUCCUACUGCAGUGGGCUCUCAUUUACCUGUUUGUAUUUGUCCAACAUUAACACAAGCCCCUACUCUCUAAACACAGGAUCAGCUUCCACCUCUUUUGUAUAAACUGUCAGGUGUGGGGAAGCCCUGGUGGCAUAGUGGUUAAGAGCUAAGGCUGCUAACCAAAAGGUCUGCAGUUUGAAUCCACCAGGUGCUUCUUGGAAACCCUAUGGGGCAGUUCAACUCUGUCCUGUAGGGUGGCUAUGAGUCAGAAUGGAUUCCGGGCAACUGGUUCGUCAUGGGUUUUAUUAGAUGUGGACCAAGGGGCGCACCAUGAAUCCACAAAGGCAGUCCUAUCACUCCAGAAAUUUCAACUGUUUAGAGGUUACCUCCCGGAGCCAAGAGUUGCCAUUGAGUCCAUUCUGACUCAUGGUGACCCCAUUGUGCAGAAUAGAGCUGCUCCAUAUGGUUUUCCGUAGCCCCCUCUAGUGAGAUCACAUUCCUUACUACAGAAGUAGAAUUUAAACGUGUGCAUUGUACUAAUUUUUUUUUUUAUUGUACUAAAAUACUGAAAAACAUCAACAGAAAAUGAUAUUGAAAAUCCAGCCAGAAAGUUCAUCAUUGAGAGACCACUGCUCUCAUUUUGGUUAAGUAUACUGUUGGUUUGCAUGUACCAUAGGCUUCUUUAAAAAGCAUUUUAUCAUUUCAUAAACAAGUUUUAUGUAUUUUUCUCAUGGCAUUAAAUAUUUUUAUAUUAUCAUGUUAAUGAGGAGCCCUGGUAAUGGAAUAGUUAAGUGCACAGCUGCUAACCGAAAGGCUGGUGGUUGAACCUACCCAGCUGCUCUGUAAGAGAAAGACUUGACAGUCUACUUCUGUAAAGAUUACAGCCUAGAAAACCCUGUGGGGCAGUUCUGCCCUAUCACAUGGGGUCGCUAGGAGUCAGAAUUGACUUGACCGCACCUAAUAACAACAACAGCAUCAUCAUGUGAAAACUAAAAAAACCAAACCCCUUGCCAUCAGGUUGAUUCUGACUCCCAGCGACCCUACAGAACAGAGUAGAACUGCCCCAUAGGAUUUCCAAGGAGCGGCUGGUAGAUUCGAACUGAUGACCUUGUGGUUAACAGGCUGCUGGUGGGGCAUGAUCCACAGUCUGAACCCUGGGAAUGAGAGCUGGGCGCUGGUCUCUUCUCCUCCCCCAGGAGAGGGAGGCCAUCACAGAGGCACCCUGGAGUCCAGGUCCCAGGAGUGGCACAGGGAGAGCUAGUCCAGUCUAGGCAGCGGGGGACUGAGGGUGACCAUCCUGCCCAUCCAUGCAAUCACAAGUAAGGAUUUUCACUGCUCUGACUGGCUGUGUGGACUGAACAUCAUUCAUCUGCCUCCGGACUGCCUAGUAGCCCCGCUUCCACUGCCAUCCCUCUUCCUGAAGUGGCUUCUUGGGCUUAGAGAGCGCAUUCACAUUGACUUCCAGAAGCGGGAGCCAGGAAAUGGACUCAGUGGCUGUCGAGGAUGUGGCGGUGGACUUUACCCAGGAAGAGUGGGAACUGCUGGAUCUUUCUCAGAAGAAACUCUACAGAGAUGUGAUGAUGGAAACCUUCAGAAACCUGGCCUCAGUUGGAGAGGUCUGCAACCUGAAUGGCAUUGAAGAUCAGGAUAACAACCAGAAAACACAUGUGAGCAUGCUGCCUAUUUUUAAGAGAAGACAUAAGGAAGAGAGCCUUUGUGAAUCUAACGAAGACCGUGAGUGCAAACAGACCUUCAGCCGGAUUCCAAAUCUUUCUGUGUUCGAAAGAACUCCUGUGGAAGCAUAUACUUCUGAAUGCCUUGAGCGUGGAAAAUCCUUGAUUAUUCAUUCCUCACCUUGGCAUCAUAUGAGAUCUCACUCUGGAUGCAAUGCCUAUCAGGGUAAAGAAUGUGGAGAAGCCUGCAGUUGUCUCUCUUACUUCAGGACUCCUGUAAGAACUUUUACUGGAGGGAAACCCUGUGCAUGUAAGCAAUGUGGAGAAAGGCUCUAUGAAUGUAAGGAAUGCGGCAAAGCCUUUGGUCAUUCCUCAGGCUUCACUGGACGUAUGAGAACUCACAAUGGAGAGGAGGCUUAUAAAUGUAAGGAGUAUGGGAAAGCCUUUAGUCAGUCCUCAGACCUCACUGCACAUAUAAGAGUUCACAGUGGAGAGAGGCUUUGUGAAUGUGAGGAAUGUGACAAAGCCAUUAGUCAUCCUUCAAACCCUGCUAGACAUAUGAGAACUCACAGUGGAGAGAGGGCUUAUAAAUGUAAGGAAUGUGGGAAAACCUUUAGUCGGUCCUCAGACCUCAGUGCCCAUAUAAGAAUUCAUAGUGGAGAGAGGCCUUAUGAAUGUAAGGUUUGCAGCAAAGCCUUUAGUCAUCGCUCAAACUUUCGUAGACAUAUGAGAACUCACAGUGGUGAGAGGCCUUACAAAUGUAAGGAAUGUGGGAAAGCCGUUAGUCAGUCUUCACACCUCACCAUACAUAUGAGAGCUCACUAUGGAGAGAAGCCUUAUGAAUGUAAAGAAUGUGGGAAAGCCUUUCGUCAGUCCUCAAACCUCAAGUCACAUAUAAGAACUCACAGUGGAGAGAGGCCUUAUGAAUGUAAGGAAUGUGGGAAAGCAUUUAGUCAGUCCUCAGAGCUCACUGUACAUAUAAGAAUUCAUAGUGGUGAGAGGCCUUAUGAAUGUAAAGAAUGUGGGAAAGCCUUUAGUCAGUCCUCAAACCUCACUCAACAUAAAAGAAUUCACAGUGGAGAAAGGCCUUAUGAAUGUAAGGAAUGUGGGAAAACCUUUAGUCGGUCCUCAUAUCUUACUACACAUAUGAGAACUCACAGUUGUAAGAGGCCUUAUGCAUGUAAGGAAAUGUGGGAAAGCCUUUAGUCAGCCCUCAAACCUCAUUGAGUGUAUAAGAACUCAUAAUGGACAGAGGCCUUAUGAAUGUAAGGAAUGUGUAAAGCCUUUCAUAAGUCCUCACAUCUCAUGGCACAUUAUAGAAUUCUCAGGGGAAAGAGGCCUUAACUAAGGAAUGUGGGAAAGUCUUUAGUCAGUCUCCAGUGCUUGCUGAACAUAAAUAACCUCACAGUGGGGGAGACUUUAUGAAUGUAAGGAAUGUGGGAAAGCACUUAGUUAUUCCUCAUCUCCCACUAAAUACAUAAGAAAUCACCCUGGAGAGAAACAUUUUGAAUAUAUGGAAUGUGGGAGAUCUUUUGUGAAUUCUUAAAUCGCACUAAUCAUAUAAAAAUUCACAGUGGAGAGUGGCUUUUUAAAUGUAAGGAAUUUGUCCAUAUGUGUACAUUAUUAUGAUGAAAGAACCAGUGUUCAAUUGCAGACAUACACUUUACUCUUUAAUAUAAGCAUCUACCUCCUACAAAUAAGACCAGUUUCCUACAAAAUACCCCAGAUCUUUGUUGUCCAUGUAAUAAAUGAAAAUUUCUUCAGUUGUCCAUUAAGUAUUUAUUAUAGUUGUUCGGUUUUUUGAAGUUAGUAUCCAAAUAAGAUUUCCACAUUGCCUUUUUGUUUCUAGAUAUGUUUAAUCUGACUUAACACAAAAAUGUUCUCUCGCUUUCUUGUAAAAUGUUAAGAUGUACAGCAUUCUGAAACAGUAAAACCUGUGAUGGCCAGAGCCUGUGAAAGUCAGAAACCUCUCAGAGAAGGAAAACACACUGCUUGUUUAUGAGGUAGGAUUCUUAAUAGAAAGUAAGAGAAAAAUGGUAAGCACCCUGUCAAAGAUGGAAAACGGGUGAGACUUAGAAAAACAAGGCAGGCCCAUUGAGUCUGGCUGUUACAGGUUUCAGUGUAUUUGUUUCAUUAUAAUAUUUUUUAGUUUGUCUUUUUUUUGUAAUAUAGACAAUUGAGUCUAGCAGAGUUCUGAAUAAUACAAAUGUAAUGCAAAUCAAAGAUGUAAUUUAAAAUAUUUUAGCAGCCAUAUUACCUGUUCCCGUCAAGUCGUUUCCAAUUCAUAGCCACCCUGUAGGACAGAGUAGACCUGCCCUGGUGUUUCCGAGGAGCAGCUGGUAGAUUCCAACCACCAACUUUCUGGUUAGCAGCCAGGCUCUUAAUCACUAUGCCGCCAGGGCCACAUUAGAAAAUCAACAGUGUAAACAUCAAGUUUUUAUUUAAUCCAGUAUAUUCAGUUAUUGUCAAUGUAAAAAUCGUAAAUGAAAUUAACACCUAGAGUAAUCCAUAUAAAUUUAUUUGUAGGACAUUUUGCAUUUCCUUUUUUUUUGUUCUCAGUCUACCAGAAUCCAGAAGCAGCACAUCUUAUAAAUUUUACUGUUGAAAAAGUAGAUUCAUAAUCCCAGGUUACUCCAAACAUACUUUCCCAAUAAGUGAGUCAAUUUUAUUGUUAUAUUUUGAUUAACUAAAAUUAAAGUUAAUUCAGUUUCUUAGUUAUGCUAGCCACGUUGGUUGUUGACACAGCCCCAUUAGUGUUUGAAUACAAAAGAAGCCCAUGGAUCACUUUGUACUUUCCUGUUGCAGACCCGGAAUCAACCAUUUCUCCCCAGACCUCUCGUUCUUUUUAAAAAUGCGGGUCUGUGCAAUACGUCAGCUCAGUGCUAAACCAAAACCUGUUGCCAUUGAGUCAGUGUUGUCUCAGCCUUUCAGUGAACAUCUAAACUACAUAUUUUCUUAAAUCAUAAAUACGUAGUCUCAAUACAAAUUUCAGAUUAUAGGUUUUUUUUUUUUUAAUGUGAAAAAAUGAUGCUGAACAAUGUUAAAUAGGCAAACUAAACUUUAUUCAGGCUGUUGUGAUAGGAGACCUCAGCGUAAGUCCAAGUUCAGCUCCAAGAAAGGAGGUGAAGCAAGGGUUUUUUAGUAAGUUUUGGAUGACAUGGGGCACUGAAAAGUUACUAAGAGGAAGUUGGAAAGCAAAAAAAGGCAGGAGGAUGGGUUUUAGGUAAGAAUUCUAAUGGCUUUCAGAAAUAUUUGCUCAAGGCUGAUUUAUUAGGCUGAAGCAAGGAACAUUCAUAGGGUAAAUGGUAUAAAUGGGCAAAUCUUGUCACUUUCUGUUAUUUUAUAUUUGUAUCUCUUUUUUCUUAUAAUAAAAACCUUGGUUCCUAGUAAUAUUUAAAUAGUUUCAAUAUAAUUAUACUGAUAGUACUAAAUAAAAAUGUAUUCUGAAAA